UCCUUGACCACACACAGUCCUCUACAUCCUCAGUAUCCCCAUUGUCCCCAACAUCUAGAUCAACGUCGUCAUCAACAGCACAGCCCCUCCUAUCCACAAGCACUGACGCGACACCAACACACCCCUUCAACAGAUCAACAUCGGUUCCCCUUUCAGCACCACCGCAUCAUCAGGCCAGAGCCACAACCAACAUUCCACCAUCCGUCUCACCUGCUGGUACAGCCGAGACGAUCGAGUCUACUGCAACACUCGCUAAUAAACCUACAGCUGCACUAUCCUGUGAUCCCUGCAUGGCCGAAUCCAGCGCAUCUCAGCAAUCGUCUUCCCCACAUCGCCAUGCAUCGGCAGCACCUCUCUCGCCAGCAAACGAACCAGAAUUCGAUAUUGUGCAUCAUCCUAUUAAGGACACGUUGCUGAUCGUCUCAUCGCUGCUCUCCUUGAUGGUGCACAAGAACGAUAGUCAGUACAACCCCCUCGUCGAUCCUGUUACCCUCUUCCACUCACGAGCAGUUCCUCGGAUAUCGAUCGAAUCAUAUCUUGCUCGAAUCCUGCAAUUUAUUCCAUUCACAAACGAGGUCCUGCUCAAUGUGCUCGUUCUCCUGGAUCGGAUUGGGGGAUUGAGCGCGCCGACACCAAAGCUGACGGUCGCCCCAAAUGGGUUCCGGAUUAACAGCUUCAAUAUCCAUCGACUGCUCAUCACCUGCCUCAUGGUCGCAGCCAAGUUCACGUCAGAUCUCUUUUAUUCAAACGCCCGAUAUGCCAAGGUUGGCGGUCUUAGCCUAUUGGAGCUGAACCAACUCGAGCUCGAGUUCCUCUUUACAACCCGGUUCGAAUUGAAUGUCAAGGUUGAGGAGCUCCAGAAGGUUGGUAAUGCGCUCUUGCGGUUCAAGAACCACGAGAUGAUCCCUGAGCAGCCAGCACAGUCUUUGCAGAAUAAGCAUCAGGCACCACUUCAUGGCCCACAAAUGCGUACACCUAUUAUUGUUGCGGCGAAUGGCCAUCAUAGUAAUGUCACCACUACUGCCACUUCGGAAGUGACAGGCCAUGGCGGUCAGAGCCAGCAGGCGAAGGCAGGCCGCUUCUCGAUCCCUUCACCCACCAGUCCACGGAACGGACCCAUGUCGGACAGAGCUGUUCUGUCGGCUACGCUAUGUUCUUCGUCGGCGUCAUCGACCACGACAACCAGUGCCCUCGUAUCCACCGCCAUUGCAUCGUCGGACAGCGUCGGAAACGCACAUGGGGCGACGGCGGUUGUCGCCUCUGAGGCGUCGUUACAGCGCCCUCAAUUGCUCUCUCCUCCAGAGGAAAAGCACACGUGGGCAGAGACCGAGGUUCAGAUGACUGAAGAGAGAAUCGAUCAGGCCCAGGACCAGAAAGAAGCGUCUGGGUCUGCAUCCUCAAGUACUGACUCGGCCUUGUCGUCGGACCCUUCAUCGUCAUCAUCGCCUUCGUAAUCCCAGCACUUUAUAGUAUUAUUGCAUGUAUAUAGUUAUAUUGUUUUCCUAUUUCUUCCUCUUUUUUGUUGUCUUUUUUUUUUUUUUUG